AUGUGUCUCUGUCUGUCAGGCCUCCUCACACCGCCGUAUGGACUGCCUGUCUACCCUCAGACAACCACAUGCUACCCAAGUUUAGUGCAGGGGGGUCCCACUCAGGAGGCCGGCAGUGCUGACCCUGCCCUGUCCCAGGUCUAUGCCCCGCCCCCCUCUUACCCCCCUCCAGGGCAGGGGCCACCCUCCUCAGCAGGACGCCUACCGGCUCUGGACUUCAGUUCCCCUCACACCAGCUCAGAGUACCCCGAGCAUGCCUCUAUGAGGGUGUACCAGGGCCCUCAGCACGAGGCCGAGAGCCUGGGCUCCUCUAACACGCAGGAGGACGGCCUUACCGCGGGGGGUUCGGAUCCCAAUCUCCCCGUGUCGGGAGGGGGCAGUGGGGCUGGCAGCGGCAGUGAUGAGGAGGGCUCCAGUAAAUCGCAGCCAAAACGCCUCCACGUGUCCAACAUCCCCUUUCGCUUCAGGGACCCCGAUCUACGACAGAUGUUUGGGCAAUUUGGUAAGAUCCUUGAUGUGGAGAUUAUCUUCAACGAGAGAGGUUCUAAGGGAUUUGGAUUUGUAACAUUUGAGAGUGCGGCUGAGGCCGAUCGGGCGCGAGAAAAAUUAAACGGAACUAUUGUUGAAGGGAGGAAAAUUGAGGUAAAUAAUGCCACUGCCAGAGUUGUGACCAAGAAGCCUCAGACGGCUCUGGUGAACGGAGAACUGUCCACUUCGGGAUGGAAGAUUAACCCUGUGAUGGGAGCCAUGUACGCACCCGAACUCUACACUGUUGCCAGUUUCCCGUAUCCUAUGGCCACUCCCACAUUAGCCUAUCGGGGGUCUGCUCUUCGAGGCCGCGGCCGAGCUGUCUACAACACCAUCCGCUCUGCUGCUGCUGCCACUCCGACCGCCCUGCCUGCCUACCCCGGGGUGGUGUAUCAGGACGGGCUGUAUGGAGCAGAAGUCUAUGGAGGCUAUCCCGCAGCUUACCGAGUGGCCCAGUCCGCGUCUGCAGCCACAGCGUACAGUGACGGAUACGGCCGUGUUUAUGCCGCAGCUGCAGAUCCCUAUCACCACUCAGUCGGACCCACAACAACAUACGGAGUCGGGACAAUGGCCAGUUUGUAUAGAGGAGGCUACAACCGCUUCACCCCUUACUGA